UUUUAUCAACCAGGAAGCGUAAAUACUGAACAAAAUCUUUAUUCGUGCACGUAUGUAUCGCGACUGGAUUAAAUAACAGAUAAGCGUCUUGGAUUAAGUUUGUAAGGCUAUUGAUACGCAUUGUCCAUCGCGUGUACCUCAUUACCAAUUUGCAUUUGUUCUAUAAAGCAUAGAAUGGACCUGGAGUUUUAAAACACGACGAAGAAGCUCUCGAUCUUAUAAACGUUCGAAGUUAAUUUUGCGUGUUUAACAUGAAUGAAGUAAAUAUAGAUUGUAUUUAAUGAAUAAUGGCAGAAGAAAAGGGUCUACAGCAGUAUGAAAAUGUGCCUGAGCAAGUUCUUACAUUGACUGAAGUGAGUGAAAGGGUUACUGAAUAUCCAGCUAUUGUGCGUGUAGUGCCUAAGGAAUAUGAAAUACCUGAUGCAAAAGAACUACCAGGAGGCGAGGAGAUAUUGCUUGAGAAACCAAAAUGGGUGCAAUUUGUUCUGGUUAGAAUUCUUGGUUUUGACGACGAACAACAGAAAAAGACUGAAAAAGGUGAAGAGUUCAUAGAACAGCGAAAUGACUAUGUGGGACGGGAGAUCUUGGUACCCAUAGGCUAUCAAGGAAAGUUUAAACUCGUCAAUAAGACGGGACGACAUGCUCGGUUUGUCUCUGUUGAUCAGAUAAUACGUGAUUUGCCGAGAUUUAUACGGAUUGGUCAGGAAACUGUGUAUACUCCUCCAGAACAGUCGCAUGCAACAUCCUCGUUGGCCGAAGGCACGAAACUUGAAGUUAAGUAUGUGUCAACAGUUGAAAAGAUCCGGUAUAUCAAAUGCAAGUCAAAGAAGACUUCAAGAACAUAUCUUUUCAGAGAAGAUUUUCCAAUAAAUUGCUCCGCAGCUGAAGAUCCCGAUGAGCAUACUUUCUUAAACCUGGCAGGUGAAUUUAUACUACUUCCAAAGAACGUUCAGUUCGAAAAUGUUUGGGCAGACGAUGUUGUACUCAAAGAUGACGACGAAGCCAGUACAAUGCUAACUCUGACGGGAGGACCAAUUAAGAUAUUAAAAUCCUUUGUGCGACGAAAUAUGUAUAUUGCAUGGAUGAAACCUGAAGGCACUCGUCAGACAGUUGGCUUAAUAUCUAGUAAAAUCUGGAAUAACCAGUUGGUACAACCAAAAGUUUUCAAAAGCGAAUCACAGAAAAACGAGUAUAUCAGACAACAUUUCGGGGAAAGUCUCGACUCAAACUUUGUAGUGAGUAGCCUCUACAUGAUGAAGCCAAUAGAAACAAGAGUUGUUUGGUUGCUAGCACCCAAAGUCAAAAUGACAGCUGAGAAACUUGCUGAUUAUGAAAACAUAGCAAAAACGUUGUCAGACUAUGAAAACGUGUUCAGUGAGAAUGAAGAGGAUGACAAUGAAGAUUACGAGAAACCCAUGCCGCAGGUUGUCGGGGACCCAUCAUUGCCUCCUAAAACAGUGUCACAAGUUCAAGACAUUCCACCAGAUCCUCCUCUGAUUCCAAAAAGAGAGCUGAUACUGCUUCCGACUCCUAAGGCAAGAAAAGAGGAUAUAUUACAGAAAAUAAAAGAGAAAGCAAAACUUGGCUUUGAUAAAGUCCACGAACAGCUAUUGAAGCGUUCAAAACAAAAAUCAGCUGAGGCGUAUGCCUAUAACACCAAGACCACGAAACAAAAACAGUCAAUGAUAUAUAGCCGAUCUAAAACCGAGUCAGGCGAAUUACUAGAGAGUCAACUUUCUGAAAAGAAGCGUCUUUCUAAAAAUUUAAGCGAAAGGGUGGACAACGAGAAAUCCCAUCGAUUAUCUAAGGCAUAUGAGGUCAACAGACAUAGACCUUUACCAGAGUUACCGUCAAAAGGCGAAAUCAAUAUAACCGACGAUGAUAAACUUGAUAUGUACGACGAUGUAGAAGAUAAAGAAGCAGCAUUUCUAAAGCACAUUAAAGAAAUUAGACAUCAAAAUGCAGCUGAUACAAAAUCUGAUCCAAAACUUGACACGUUGGCACGUUAUCCAGAUUUGAAAAAAAUAGGACGUGCCAGACAAACUAAAGAAGAUUUUUAUUCGUAUACUGUUCAGGAGUUGGUCGAAUGUUUAAAGAUGUGUAGUUUAGAUAAGUUUGCGAUUGAUUGCAGUACAAAUAAACUUGAUGGUGCUUUUUUCAGAGAUUUUGAUCUGAAUGAGUUAAUGUCAGAUCCUUUCAGUCUAAGUAAAUUAGAUGUCUUUAAGAUCAGAAAGAUUAUAAACGAAGGAUGGAGGCCGAAGACAGAACAGGUCUCAAAGUAGGGCCUUACUUUUGUACAAUAAGAUGGCCAUGUAAUGUAUAUAAUACAAGUUUUUUAUAUACUCAGUGUAAGAAACUGUCAACCACUUUACGCCUGUUUACCCUUAAAAUUAAGUUUGACUUGCAAGCACUAUUGCUUUUUUCCAAUGAGUAAACAUUUUUGCAUGUUCAAGUCCGUUCUAGCAUUGUGUUAUGAUAUAGCCCUCGAUAAUGUGAACGAGAGGAUUUGAGAGUUGUGAAACUCGUCGACUUUGAAUCACUUGCCCCUCACCGAAAUGGGUUCAAACUUCGCUUAGAAUUGGGUGUAGAAUUCUUCAUAUAAGGAAUCCAUGGAAGGCCGGUGGCUCUACCAAGGUGCACGCCUAUUAUAAAAUAAUGCUCGAAUGGGUAUCUGGUGUCUUACGCUACCAUCAAAAGCUGGAAAAACGCCAUAUGAUUGAUAAUUUUGUCGGUAUGACGUAAAAGCCAACAAAACAAAACAGGUGAUUUUGUGAACAUUUAGCAGCCAACCUUUUAACUGCAGACACUUUUGUGUAUUUUGUGUAAAUAGAACAGUAUUAUAACAAAUUAUUUUUUGUUGAAUUUGAUAUAUUAUAAGAAACGUAUUAUAAGUGUGAGACAUAUUUUGUAGAUGUGUUUUAAGUAUAAUGAAAGAUAUUUCUAAAAUAACGAGAUGGCAUUAGAAGUCCGAUUAUUAUUUUACACUGCGCUACAAUAGCCGCUGAACAUAUAGUUUUGAUUGUAUUGAUCACAUGUUUGACGUCGCGGGAGUGAAAUAAAGCCAUUACAUAAAUUUGAUAAAAACACUAGUAUAAUAAAGCUUUCACUUCGACGUCGCUUAAAGUAAAGGAGAAUUGACUUCUUUAUAUAUGUUAAAGAAAGUAAAUAUUUUGAUGUUUCCUCAGGAAAAGCUUACAUGUGAUUAAAAAGAAUAUUACAUUUGUGACUUAGCACAAUGAAUUUAUUCAACUCGUUGAAUAAACUCAAUAUAAAAAGACACUUAUGUAAAUCCUAUAUUUAACCUUUAGCCUGCUAAAUAUGCAAGCUGAUCUUGGUCUGCACAGGUCGCAAAGGCAAAAUCACUUGCCGUCAGCAGAUUAAAGCUUAAGUAAUAAAGUAUACAUUUCAUGAAAAGUGUUUUUCUAUGUUUUAAAAAUAAAGAAAUGAGUGUUUUGUUCCAUUUUGUUUGUAUUUAAAUUCAUGCUAUGGAUGUCAUGUUCAAAUUGUUGAUUUUAUAGUUUGUUAUGGAAAGAGAUGUAGUAACUAGAAAAUUGCAGCAGCCUUUUUGUAAGACUUGAGAAUAUUUUAUGAUUUAUUACAAGCUCUGUUUUCUAUUAUAUCAUAUUAUUUACUGCAAUAUUAAUCAAUUGAUUAUUGGUUUAUAUAAGUGAAAUAUAAUCACAGGGUAUAACUAUACAUAUCGACAAUUACAACAAAGAAAGAAAAUGAGAGAUGAAGACAAAAAUGUCCGUGAUUAAUGUACAUGUAACUGAACAAUAUAAGCACGUCUUUGUUGGAAGAAAGGAUCAGCAGAGGAAACGAUAUCCAUCUCAAGUUUAUCCCUUCUUGUGUGAUUAUAUAGAAAAGUUCGACUUCAGUAUAUUUUAUGUUUUUGUUAGUGGCUUUAAUACUAUUUCAAACGGUGCAAGGGAGAUCAUUCAAAUUGCUUUUUAUUUACUCAUUUGCCGUGUCUGCAUUUGAAAUCAGCAUUUCAAAGGACGAUUGUGGUCGUGUUAAGUAGUGAAAGUCUACAUAGUGUUAAUAAAAUGUUUAAGUACUUUAAGAAGAUUUGUGUUUAAUAAUAAAAUUGUUGCCUUUAUAUUUGUUUCACAAAAUGUAAUUGUUAAAUUGUUAUUCUCAAGACAACAAAAAUGAAUUUUAGUGUCAUA